GGGUUCAGGCAUGUGAUGACCAUGGCCUUUGCUAUUGAUGAGAUCAACAGAAACUCCAACCUGCUACCUAAUGUGACUCUGGGAUACAGUUUGUAUGAUAACUGUGCUUCACUUGGAAUUUCAUUACGUGCUUCAUUAUCACUGGCCAGUGGCCGAGAGGAGCAGUUUCUUCUGGAUGAGACCUGUGAGGGGGCCCCUCCAGUGCUGGGGAUUGUGGGUGAUUGUUACUCAACAUUUACAAUUGCCAUGUCAAGUGUGAUAGGAUUAUACAAACUGCCCAUUGUGAGUUACUUUGCCACGUGUCCCUGUCUGAGUGAUCGGCAACGUUUUCCAUCCUUCUUCAGAACAAUCCCAAGUGACACUUUCCAGGUGCGUGCCAUGAUUCAGAUUCUAAAACGUUUUGGCUGGACUUGGGUGGGCCUUCUGAUCAGUGAUGAUGAUUAUGGACUCCACGCUGCCCGAUCCUUCCAGUCUGACCUGGGUCCAUCUGGUGGAGGUUGUCUAGCCUACACAGAGGUUUUGCCCUGGGGUGACAACCCAACUGAACUAAGGAGAAUUGUACAUGUGAUGAAGAAAUCCACAGCUCGUGUGGUCAUUGUGUUUGCACAUGAGGGUCACAUGAUUGACCUCAUGGAGGAGGUGGUGAGGCAGAAUGUGACAGGCCUGCAGUGGAUGGCCAGUGAAGCCUGGACCACAGUUGCUGUGCUCCAGACCCCCCACCUCAUGCCGUAUUUGGGUGGCACACUGAGCAUUGCCAUCCGUCGAGGAGAAAUACCAGGGCUCAGGGAAUUCCUCUUUAAAAUACGUCCUGACCUACACCACAACAAUAGCCAUGGAAAUAACCUGGUAAAUCAGUUUUGGGAACACACAUUUCAGUGUAGAUUUGCACCACCUCCAGCUGGUUGGGUGGAAGCUGGUGGAGCAUUAUGCACUGGACAGGAAGAUCUACAUAAUGUGGAGAGCGAGUUGUUGAAUGUGUCAGAAUUCAGACCAGAGUACAACGUAUAUAAGGCUGUGUAUGCUCUGGCAUAUGCCCUUGAUGACAUGCUGCAGUGUGAGCCAGGUAGAGGGCCUUUCAGCGGGAACAGCUGUGGUACUUUGCAAAGACUGGAGCAUUGGCAGCUUGUACAUUAUUUGCAAGAAGUCAGCUUCAUGACAUCAUUUGGUGAUCAAGUGUCAUUUGAUGAGAAUGGUGAUGCUUUACCAAUCUAUGAUAUAAUGAACUGGCAGUGGCUCCGUGAUGGAAAAAUACAAGUUCAGACUGUGGGUGAGGUAAAGAAGUCAGUCUCUGGAGGUGAAGAACUCACUCUUAAUGAAGACAAAAUCUUCUGGAACUUUGAAUCUAAAAAGCCACCUCAGUCAGUGUGCAGUGAGAGCUGUCCUCCAGGGACUCGUGUGGCCAGAAAGAAGGGGGAACCUGAGUGCUGUUUUGACUGCAUCCCUUGUUCUGAGGGAAAGAUCAGCAAUAGAACUGACUCCAUGGAGUGCACCAGUUGUCCAGAGGAUUUCUGGUCCAGUCCCCAGCGUGACCACUGUGUUCCUAAGAAAACAGAGUUCCUCUCCUACCAUGAGCCUCUGGGUAUCUGCUUGAUGACAACCUCCUUGCUGGGCACAUUUAUCUGUGCUGUUGUCCUGGGCAUCUUCACCCAUUAUCGCAGAACACCCAUGGUGAGUCAUUUUGCCACAUGUUCCUGCCUGAGUAAUCGGCAGCGGUUUCCAUCCUUCUUUAGAACAAUCCCAAGUGAUGCUUUCCAGGUGGUGAGGCAGAAUGUAACAGGCCUGCAGUGGAUGGCCAGUGAAGCCUGGACAUCGGUUGAUGUGCUCCAGACGCCGGACUUCAUGCCGUACCUGCGUGGCACAUUGGGCAUUGCCAUCCGUCGAGGGGAAAUAGCAGGAUUUAAGGACUUCCUGCUAAGAAUACACCCUGACCAACACCACAACAACUAUGGAAAUAGUAUUGUAAAUCAGUUUUGGGAAGAUAUAUUUCAGUGUAGAUUUGCUCCACCUCCUGCAGGUUGGGUGGAGGCUGGGGGAGCACUAUGCACUGGACAGGAGGAUCUACAUAAUGUGGAGAGUGAGUUGUUUGAUGUCUCAAACCUCAGGCCAGAGUAUAAUGUGUAUAAGGCUGUGUAUGCUCUGGCAUAUGCCCUUGAUGACAUGCUGCGCUGUGUGCCAGGAAGAGGGCCUUUCAUCGGGCACACUUGUGCCAGUUUGCAAAGACUGGAGCCCUGGCAGCUGGUGUAUUAUUUGGAUAGAGUAAACUUCACCACAUCAUUUGGGGAUCAAGUGUCGUUUGAUGUGAAUGGCGAUGCCUUACCGAUAUAUGACGUCAUGAACUGGCUGUGGCUCCCUGAUGGCACAACAAAGAUUCAGAAUGUGGGUGAAGUUAAAGAGUCAGCUAAAGGUGGAGAACUCACACUUCAUGAGGACAAAAUUUUCUGGAGCUUUGAAUCUAAACAGCCACCCAGGUCAAUUUGCAGUGAGAGUUGCCCACCAGGUACUCGCAUGGCCAGGAAGAAGGGGCAGCCUGUGUGCUGUUUUGACUGCAUCCCAUGUUCUGAGGGAAAAAUCAGCAAUGAGACAGACUCCAUGGAGUGCACCAGUUGCCCAGAGGAUUUCUGGUCCAGUCCCCAGCGUGACCACUGUGUUCCUAAGAAAACCGAGUUCCUCUCCUACCAUGAGCCUCUGGGUAUCUGUUUGACAGCUGCCUCAUUACUGGGAACAUUUAUCUGUGCUGCUGUCUUGGGCAUCUUCAUCUAUCAUCGCAGCACACCCAUGGUGCGUGCCAACAAUUCUGAACUUAGUUUCCUGCUCUUGAUGUCACUUAAACUAUGUUUCCUCUGUUCACUGUUGUUUAUUGGUCGACCCAAACUGUGGACAUGCCAGCUGAGACAUGCAGCAUUUGGAAUCAGCUUUGUACUUUGCGUCUCAUGUAUCCUGGUUAAAACCAUGGUGGUUCUGGCUGUGUUCAAGGCCUCCAAGCCAGGAGGUGGAGCCAGUCUGAAGUGGUUUGGUGCUGUGCAGCAGAGAGGGACAGUUGUGGUUCUCACUUCUGUUCAAGCAGCAAUCUGCACUGCUUGGCUCACCACUGCCUCGCCAAUGCCUCAUAAAAACACGCAGUAUCACAAUGACAAGAUAGUUUAUGAGUGUGUAGUUGGCUCCACAGUUGGUUUUGCAGUGUUACUGGGAUAUAUUGGCUUUCUGGCUAUUCUUAGCUUCAUGUUAGCAUUUCUAGCAAGGAACCUUCCAGACAACUUCAAUGAGGCCAAACUCAUAACUUUCAGCAUGCUGAUCUUCUGUGCUGUGUGGGUGGCCUUUGUCCCUGCUUAUGUCAACUCUCCAGGUAAAUAUGCAGAUGCAGUGGAGGUAUUUGCCAUCCUGGCCUCCAGUUUUGGCCUCUUGGUGGCACUGUUUGGACCCAAGUGUUACAUAAUCCUGCUGAAACCAGAGAGGAACACAAAGAAAGCCAUCAUGGGUCGAGCAACCCCAAAGACAUAA